UGCCAGCCCGUUUUCGGUCCGACGUUGGAAGGAACCUUCCUUCUUUGUUCCGGCCUCACUGGAGCAAACAUGGCGGCAGAGGGAGACGUCGAUUUGGACCUGGAAGCCGAGGAAAACUGCACCGGGAAACCGACAGAAAAGCCUCGGAAACAUGACAGCGGGGCCGCGGAUCUGGAAAGAGUCACGGACUACGCGGAGGAGAAGGAAAUCUCCAGCUCCGAUUUGGAAACGGCAAUGUCAGUGAUUGGAGACAGAAGGUCACGAGAACAGAAAGCCAAACAAGAAAGAGAAAAGGAAUUGGCCAAAGUCACCAUCAAGAAAGAGGACGUAGAACUAAUAAUGUCUGAGAUGGAGAUUUCGAGAGCCGUGGCGGAGCGCAGUCUGAGGGAACACAUGGGGAACGUGGUGGAGGCUCUGGUGGCUCUCACCAACUGAGCGAACAACAUUUACACAAUGGACUGCUUCACUUUUUUCUUUUUUUUUUUAAACCAAGGCUCAUCAAGUCAGUGAGGCUGAACUGUUAAAACUGUUGUGGUGUAAUCUUUACCCCAAACCUUUUUUUUUUUUCUUUUUUUAAAUAAAAGCUGACAUUUG